CCGCUCCCGCCUCUCCUCUGCUGUGUCCUCGACUGCCGCUGCUCAUGGCGUUUGGUCGCAUCCUUGGACGCCGGACAUCGUCCAUUGACGAGGGUCCGCUGAAUUCGCCUGGCCGGAAUCAGCUGGGCAUGUUUUCGUUCCUAUCAUCCUCGCCAUCUCGAACAACCCCAACCCAGUUGGAGCGCAUCAUCGACGAGGAAGCGAAGAUGGGGGACCGUGCAUUCAUGCGCAUUCUUGUCUGCCAAGACACGGGCGACAAGCCCAAGAUGCCGCUCUAUGACUCCAUCCACGAAGGCCAGGCGAGUCCGAUAUCUCGAGAGUCUCGGGAGUUUGGCAUGGCCUCGCACCAAACACAUCGAGGCUCCAGCCAACCAGCGGCCUCGCGCUCGGGUUUCGGAACCAGCUGGACCGAUUCGGCGAGCCAUGCCCAGCAUGGCCGCCUGUCUCAAGUGCCGUUGCUACAGGAAAUGGACUCGACUCGCUCUUACGCCAGUGGGCAGUCAAAUCGCACGAUUCGCCGCAGGGUCUCUGCGAACAAUACCGACCUUCUCGGCGAAAUGAUGUUUGGAUCGUCGUCCGCAAUCGCCGCCAAGUCUGUUGUCACCAAGACGCACCAUCUCACCACGCCCCAGCCCCAAAUCAUGCUGACGAAGUUGUUUUCACUUGCUGCCGACGCCGACGACGAUGACGACGAUGUGGAUUAUCCUCAUGCGCACCGGCCGCGGUCGUCCAGCUCAUCCUCGGUCUUCUCUGAAAACAGCGAAUCGACCAACUCUAUUGGCGAUCUGCGGCCGCCUAACUCGGCGUAUGGCUCAUACUCUCGCAGCUACACGCCCUCGAGCUCAUAUCAGCACCGACACUGGCUUGCGUCCUCGGACUUUUCCCCGAUGGGAUCGCCGUCGCAAUCCUCCUCCCCACUUCUCCCGGACAGCUACGGAUAUCGCCGGAAAAAGGCCCAGCGCUUCAGCCUCAACCAAAACAGCUCGUAUGCAGACGAGCAUCUCCUGGGCCGCUCGUCUAGUGGACUGAAGCGCCGACCUCGCAAGCGCCAUUCAUAUGCACUCGGUGUCAUUUUCAACAUCGACGUCCUUCCCGAGCUCAAGGACAUCUACUUUACCCAUUUUGCCAUAAUCGACCGACAUGUGCAACAUUUCCAGCGCAGAGUCUCGAAGGCCAUUGUGUCUGCUCUUGAGGGCCUUGUUCGGUCGUCAAACGCGCGCGAUCCAGACUAUUUAGUGUAUUCUCGAGGGCCGCUGCCGUAUCAUUUUCUGAAUGCCGAUCGGUCAUUUUGCGAAGAAGCCGAAAAACUUCGGAUCGCCCUGCUCAAUCUGGCCGUCUUUCCGCGGAUUGAUCCCCCGCUUUGGUUGAAUAUGCUGACUUUCCCGCAAACGCGGACGAGCGGCUGUGAGUCGCUGGUCUCGGACCUGUGCUUUUUGACCGGCAAGCACAAUCCACGACAUAAACAGCUAUUCAUGUCGUCGCUCGUCACCUUGGUGCUAUCGCUUCAUCUGGCGUGGACCGGAACCGUCGCAUCGGUGAUCCGCCGAGAGUCUGCCGCCGACCCAAAGGCCAAUGAUAAGGAUUCCGAUCCUCGAGACUCUGAGGAUGACCUCAGCCAGCCGUACAACAUCUACAUGGCGCAACUGAGCGAUCUGCAUGGCUCGAUCGGCGCACCCGCGAUAGCGUCGCGAACCCUUAUCGUUGGGGAAAACAACAAGGACGCCGUUCGCCGGAUUCUAAACGUGCUCAGCUACUUCAUUCGAUCCGGGGAGCUUGUUGAGCGUAUCCAAGUAGCCGAAGUGCCUGUGCCUCCUCCAGCCGUCCCAGCACCAGCACCAGCACCAGCUCCAGCACCUGAAGAUGGAGCUGCUGCCUCGACGAAAGUCACCGCUGUUUCAACAAAGCCUAUGCCCAUCACAGCAGCCGGCCCAGGGGGCGAGGCAGCUCCAGCCUCCCUAUCAACUGUCUCGCAAAGCACCGACAGAACGCCAAAGGCACAUACCCAGUCGAGCGACGAAGAGCUAUCUCCUGUGACACCCUCGUCCUCGGCCUCUGCGGACACUGCAUUUUUGAAGUCGACUCCUGUUUCUUCGUCCUUGAGCGGGGUGCAUCGCCCACUGCACAGCCAUUCAUCACAAUCACCCUCAUCUCUGACGCAUCUCUUGGAUAACACAAAGGCCAAAGGCGAGCCCGCAGCCGGGCUCGAGUCUGAGCCUGGGCCUGGGCCUGGGCCUGGACCUGAGAAAGUGAACGAACAUGAUGGCACCGCAGAGCUACCUCCGGGCUCUAUAAGCGUCGAGGCAGGCAAUAGUCCGGCACAGCACUUCCCUGGCUUUAGUCAAUACCCUCUACCCUCAACCAAAGUCAUUCGUGUUAUUCCGGACAGCUCCAAGUUCGAGGAGCCGGGGCUCAAGAUGUCGCUUCUCUCGCCCUCCAGGUCGCUGCUCGGCGGAUAUGGAUCAUCGUACUACAGUGGCUGCGAUUUUGUGCUCAUGGGCGUUCGAAACAUUCAACACAACAUCAUGGACAUCAAGGCUGAUUUGUGGCAAGACUGCGAGUAUUUCGAUGCUGCCUGUGCCAUCAUUGCCAACACGGACACGUGGGACUGCGAGGUGAUGGAGUGUGUCUCGGCCAAUUCGACAAUCACCAUUCCUGCGACCAUCUCGACAAAGGCGCCCAACAACACCGCUAGCUACUGGGCAUCAAAUGGCAUCCAAGCAACCUUCAGUCGCAACUACAUGACCGCGACCACGGCCCGCUCGGGAAUGGCUUCCGGCACUAUGGCCAGCUCUGGCCUUCCGACUGCUAUGCCGUCCUCCGGCUCAACUUUGUCCAAUCUGUCGCACCUCCAGGCCGACUCUCUGCCUGACGACCCGGAUGAUCGUGAGAAUGAAGAUAAGCCUCUGUACACCGUCUCGGGCUCCAAAAGCUCGGCCAGUCUUGUCGACAACAUGAUCAAGACCCUCAACGGCCUGUGGAACCAUGGAAUGCCUGCAGAAACGUGCGUCAUGUUCAUCGAAGAUCAGCUGCAAGAGUUCUAUAACAAGGCUGUGCUGUUGUCGCUGGCUCUGCAAAAGAGCUCCCUGAUCGACUUUGUGCAGCUUGCAUCGAUGUUGCGGGUGGAGCUCUCGGACUUGCCGCUGCUGAUCUCGAUUGCAUCGACGUUUGAUGAAACUGUGAGCAUGAAGCUGGGCAGCAACCGGAUCGCUGCGGCCGCUCUUGCCUCGCAACGAUCAGCCAUGACCUUCCGGAUGUACACCUAGCCUCAAUGGUCAGCCUGGUUCAUCCUUGCGAACCGUCGAUGCUCUUGUCGCUGCGUCCAUAAUCGAUCGCGUUCCAGAAUAUAAAUGGGACGCUGUCCCAUUCGAUGUGGGCAUGUAGUAUGAGGUAACUGGAGUCUAACAAAGCCAUAUGCAAUAAAAGCUGUUGGCAACCUCCGUAUGAAGAUCA